AUGUCAGCUCCGGCACCGAAAGCGUCUGAGCCGCAACCACAUCCUCCAAAAGAACAGCUUCCUGAUAUCUCCUACUGCAUCACAAGCCCUCCUCCAUGGCCUGAGGCUGUUCUGCUUGGGUUUCAACACUACCUUGUCAUGCUUGGAACAACAGUUCUGAUUCCAUCAGCUCUUGUUCCGCAAAUGGGAGGUAGAAACGAAGAGAAGGCGAAGCUGAUCCAGACAAUACUGUUUGUAGCUGGAUUGAACACGUUGCUCCAAACAGUUUUCGGAACUAGAUUGCCUGCUGUUAUUGGAGCAUCUUACACAUUUGUCCCAGUUACAAUCUCAAUCAUGCUUUCUCGGAGAUUCAACGACGUUGCAGAUCCAGUUGAUCGAUUUACGAGGAUAAUUCGGGCAACCCAAGGUGCUCUAAUUGUUGCUUCAACUCUCCAAAUGAUCCUUGGCUUCAGUGGCCUUUGGCGUAAUGUUGUAAGGUUCUUAAGUCCUCUAUCUGCUGCUCCUCUGGUUGGAUUAGUUGGUCUUGGCCUGUACGAGUUAGGUUUUCCCAGUGUUGCUAAGUGUAUCGAGAUUGGACUGCCGGGCCUUAUUAUUCUUAUAAUUAUAUCACAGUACAUUCCCCAUGUUGUAAAGGGAGGAAAACAUGUGUUUGCUCGCUAUGCUGUCAUAUUUUCUGUGGCGAUAGUAUGGCUUUAUGCUUUCUUUCUCACAAUCGGUGGUGCCUAUAAUGGUGUCGGGACAAAUACUCAAAGAAGCUGCCGGACUGAUCGAGCGGGGCUCAUAAGCGCUGCUCCAUGGAUACGAGUUCCAUGGCCGUUCCAGUGGGGAGCACCAUUGUUUGAUGCCGGUGAAGCCUUUGCCAUGAUGAUGGCUUCUUUUGUUGCUCUUGUUGAGUCUACAGGCGCUUUUAUUGCUGUCUCAAGAUAUGCUAGUGCCACAAUGCCGCCACCUUCUGUUAUCAGCCGCGGUGUUGGUUGGCAGGGAGUUGCAAUUUUAAUUUCAGGGUUGUUCGGAACUGGCAUAGGGUCUUCAGUUUCUGUCGAGAAUGCGGGUCUGCUGGCACUUACAAAAGUUGGUAGCAGGAGAGUUGUCCAAAUAUCUGCAGGCUUUAUGAUAUUCUUCUCAAUUUUCGGGAAGUUCGGGGCAGUAUUUGCAUCGAUACCUGCUCCUAUCAUUGCCGCCUUGUAUUGUCUCUUCUUUGCGUAUGUAGGUGCUGGAGGACUGAGUUUGCUGCAAUACUGCAACUUGAAUAGCUUCAGGACAUUGUUCAUAUUGGGCUUCUCAAUCUUCCUAGGCCUAUCAGUUCCACAGUAUUUCAACGAGCACACAGCCAUCAAAGGCUAUGGUCCGGUUCAUACCGGAGGAAGAUGGUUCAACGACAUGGUCAAUGUGCCCUUCUCAUCAAAGGCCUUUGUGGGAGGAUGCGUGGCUUACUUGUUGGACACGACGCUUCACAAGAAAGAUGGUUCAAUCAGGAAAGACAGAGGUAAACACUGGUGGGACAAAUUCUGGACUUUCAAGAAGGACCCGAGAACCGAAGAGUUCUAUGCUCUUCCUUUCAAUCUCAACAAAUACUUCCCUUCUGUCUGA